AUGAAAUCUUCGGUGCAUCUUUAUCUCGCCGAAAUGCCCAUUAUAGAGGAGGAUAGUUAUUCAUGGUGCGAUGAUUAUGUUAGAGAAGACUAUGACCGAGGAGUGCACGUGCUAUCGGUUUUUUUGGUGUUAACAGCUUCUACGCUGGGUACUCUAACUCCUAUCCUCCAAGACCAGAAAAAAAGCGGCAACCUUUCGCUUUUGAUCAACUGUGGCAAGCACUUUGGUACAGGUGUCAUUCUAGCCACUGCAUUCAUCCAUAUGUUGCCAGGCGCAGUUCAAAUGCUUACAUCUCCCUGCUUGCCCAAAGCAUUUCAUAGUUACUAUACAGCAUUUGCUGGAAUAACCCUCGGGGUAACUGGUGAUGUUAAAUUCGCUGGAUUGCUAUGUGCUUUGUUACUACAUCAGUUCUUUGAAGGUUUUGCGCUUGGGGCACGCAUUUCUGAAUUGGAUAUUUCAAGGCUGAAGAAAUUAUACAUGUCCCUCGCUUUCAUAUUGACUACGCCGUCGGGUAUAAUAAUCGGAAUUGCGCUGGCAUCGUCAUACAACCCCAACAGCGUGGUUGCAUUGGUGGUGCAGGGUACUUUAGAUAGUGUAUCUGCAGGCAUCUUGAUAUAUGCAGCGUAUGCUAAUCUCUUAGCCAUAGAGAUAACAGGCAAUACAUCGUUCCGAAAACUGCCAGGACGGACAAAGGUGUACUAUUUCCUGUCGAUCUAUGUGGGAGCGGCGAUUAUGGCGUCACUUGGCCGUUGGGCGUGA